AUGGCUACCAACAUCUCCGGCUCGAAUGCCGAGCCAAGUGGCUCAGCCAACAAUGCUACCGGAUCUUCGGCCACUUUUACGAACAAGCCUGCGAAGCGCAAGGCCAAUCAUGCUACCGGAUCUUUGGCCUCUUUCACGAACAAACCCGCGAAGCGCAAGGCAGACAAAGCCACAGAUUCGUCAUCUCCGCUGGAUGCUGCUGACGUGCACGGAGCCAAGCCACUCGCAAGGGCUGUUCUUGUUUGCAAGAGAUGCCGCUCCAAGAAAAUCAAGUGCGAUCAGGCUUUUCCAGCAUGCGGAUCUUGCGUCAAGGCCGGCGAGCCAUGUGUUGGUAUCGAUUCGGCAACCGGUCGUGAAGUCAGUCGCAGCUAUAUCGUCGACCUUGAGCAUCAGGUCGCCGAACUCCGAGCGCAGAAUGCUGAGCUCGAGCGCCUUCUAGCCGAACAGCCUGCUUCGCGGCUCACGAACACCGCCCCAUCCGGACUCAAACGACCUCUACAACAUGUCCAAGUCGAAUUUCCGCUGGAUCAGUCCGAAUCGAUUGCCUCGCCCGAUCUGCGACCAACAAAGCGUCCAGCCACAUCUCCUGACAACGAACGAGAACAACUGGCUUCAAGUCAAUCGCUGCCCGGUCUCAUCCUCGGACCAGCCGGGGUCGAAGUGAUCCCAUCCGCAGCGAACGAAACGCGCCAAGCCAAUGCACGACCGUCGCUCGGGCGUCUGCACUCACAUGCAAGCGGCCUGUCCCCCGCACGUCUCCUAUGCCAGGCUAUCCAACAAUCAGCGCAAGCUGGUCUCCGCAUUCGCGACCCGGGCUCUUCCUCGCGAAUGAGAAAGCACGCAGCGCAGAGUCACCGCGAGGAUCCAAACAAAAGAGCAAACAUCAACUUAUUCCGAGAGCCGGCGCUCCCAGGCGGCGAUCCCGACAAUGCUACCCGAGACGGGCGAUUAGCAAAGCUGGAAGUCAAGUCUCCCUCCCCUCACAGCGGUACAGCGACACCAUCUGACGGCAAGAAAAACUCUCCUUUCGACGACGGCGAUCUUAUGCAGUAUGCCACUGCUACCGAGACUGCCGACAUCACCGUCCCUGCACCUGAACAGGCUCUCAAGCCAUCUCCGUUACCUGCUCCCUUUCCGCCGCUGUCGAUCGCAAGGAAGCUGAUCGAUGCCUACUUUGAGCGCGUCAACCCCCAGCUGCCCAUUCUGGACCGCGCUUCCUUCAUGGUGCGCUUCGAGAAAGCAUGUACUAUCGGCCUUGAAAGAGCAAAAGCCAAGCUUUCCGCUGAGGAGCAACGGCAGCUACGAGGCGGAGACGAUGAACUCGCCAUCAAGAUGCAGCCUGCAGAUGGACAUCUGUUCCACCUUGUCUUUGCCAUAGCUGCUGCCAUGGGCUGGACGCGCUCAAAUUGGAGCGCGGAGAAUCAUCACGAGGCUGCCAUGCGUUACCUGGAUCCCAGACGGUUGACCAGUGCCGCCCAAGAAGGCAACGUGGGCGCUAUCAUGGGCCGAGACGCUCUUGAGCAGCUUCAGUGUUUGCUCCUCACCGCUCUUUACUCGAUAAUGCGGCCCAUGAAGCCGGGUGUUUGGUACUGCCUUGGCGUCGCCCUGCGUCUCACAACCGGAAUCGGGCUUUACUCGGAAACACCAGGUGUUCUCGAAGAGUCUACGCAUCUCACUCACGAUACCAGUGAGACUCUGGUUCAGAGGAAGCGCCGGUUGUUCUGGUGCUCCUAUGCGCUGGACCGCCAAGUCUGCGUGCACCUUGGCCGACCCUUUGGAAUUGCUGAUUCAGACAUCAAGGUGAAUCUUCCGUGGGUCGACAACGAAAGAGAAAUCGUGCCCGUGCCGAUGGAACAAGACGAGAAUCGCACUCACGGUGCGGAUGCCGUGGAAGAUAUCGAUUCGUCGACAGAGCUAGCACGCAGAGAAGCAGCAUCCACCUUGGCGGCACUACAGUCGAGUGAUAAAGAGCAGCAAGACGGUUUAGGCCGAGGUUUUGCCGUCUCAUUGCCGAAACCUAGAGAUGCGAGUCGAUGGAUUUCUCUUUCCUUUUUCCGCAUGCGUAUUCUGCAGUCCGAGAUCCAGUCUAUGCUUUAUCAGAAUGCGGAGCUGCCUCGUCGAUUCGACUCGUACGCUCAUUGGAAGACAGACAUUCUACGCAGACUUCACGCAUGGCGACGCUAUGCACCCUCUUCCAAGAGUGACCUUGAGGCCAGUGGCUGCGGUUACAAUCCCAUUUUCCUGGAGCUCAACUACCAGCAAACGCUUCUGAUGGUUUUCGGACUCAGCCCUCGUUUCCCCAACGCUUCCCGCAAAGACUUGGCCAGCGUCGAAGAAUGCAGCCGCAGCAUUAUCAAUAUGUAUGCGACACUUUCCAAAGAAGGUCAGAUGAAUUAUACGUGGAUGACGGGUCACAACGUCUUCAUCGCCUGUACAAGCUACCUGUACGCUGUCUGGCAGAUCAGCGCUACGGAUCCGGUGUCGUUCCGUUCCAGCGCCACACUCGGCUUCCGCAGUAAGGUCGAUGAGAUUCAUCACUUUGCUGCUGCCUGCGACAAAGUUCUCUCCUCUUUGCAAUGGGCUACUGCGGAGAAGUGCCGAAAGUGUCUGCGCACCAUGUUCUACGCCACUUCUGUGGUGAUCGAGAAGAUUGACAGAAUGUCUUCGGCCUUGUCCGGUAAUUGUGGCCGUUUUGAAGCAGCGGCAGACCGUCGCGGUAUCAGCGACGAAGAAACAAAACAGGAAGAUAGCACAGGUUCCGCGAACAAAGCGUCGCUUGCUUCGUCGGGGUCAGAGAUAGAGCACGAACGUAGAGAGGCACUCUCAUCCUCGAAACGGAACGCGCCGAAGUCAGCGGCUGCAACAUCGUCUUGGUCGCUUUUUUCUCAGGACCGCGAUUGGCAUCAGCCAGCAUUCAAACGGUCCAUCGACGCUGCGGUUGCGUCUCCUCGAUCCGAGUCUUUGAUAGGCGCGUCUAGGUGGAACUCAGGCGGUCAGGCGCGCUCAUCACCCAAUGCAGGCGUUCUGUGGCCCAUCGAAAAUGAGAUGCCAGAUCACCAUAGUGAGCUUGGCACGAGCGGCCGUGGGCUGAGCUCAAACCCAGGUGAAGCAGGCCGACUAGGUUCGACUCCGGCGGAUGCAUACGCCAGCGAUGCCACCACUCCCAGUCGAGGUCUUGACGUCGGUUCAGCCAUCGUUGACACGACGAGCAGCAAUUCUUGGUACGCUUUCAGCUCGGAGACCAGCCCAAAGAUUCUGUUCCCAGACAGUCCUUCCAACUUUGACAUUUCGUCGUUGAUGGCCACGUCGGCGAUGGAGCUUGAUGCACUCUUCAGAGAAGCUGGCUUAUCGGCGGGACCUCCCGGCGACCACCGGGACUGGGUGGAGACUAGCACGGCGUCUCUGCACAACGGCGCGAUGCUAGCGCCUCCGUUUGCGCUGGGAGGUGAUGCUCGCGAGCAAUCUGUGCUCAAGAUGGAACAAAGCGAGAUUAUGGGGACCCUCUACGACACGGUUCACCAUGGCAUCCCAUCCGGCGAUCAGUCAAAAGAGAAAUGGGCUUUCAAUGCUGGUGCCCGAGUCAGGAACGAGCAGCAAGGUCUUGCGGGCCCGGUUGCUGAAGCCGAAGCGUUCGAGACUGACUGGGAGGCGCUUGGGUUUGGCUACCGGAUGAACGAACCAAUGCAACACAACGGCCCGAUGCCCUUAUUUGCAGGUCAUGUAGGCUCACAGCAGCAGCAGCAGCAACAACAAGGGGGAUUCCAGGAUGCUCAUGGUCAUUCACAUCAGUCCAAGGGUCGAGCAGGAACCGAGUUUGACACGCGUUUCCUGGACUCGCACAUGGGAUUCUAG